UUGUCCUUUUCCUCUCGAGAUAUCGAAACGAAAGCAAAUAUUGGAAAUAUUCGAAGGAGCGGUUAACAGGUUAAGAUCGAUCGAUCGAAUCGUCAUUGCUUGCCUCAUCGACCGUUCCAUUUAGGAGCAGCCGAUGACGCGACUCAUUAUAAUUACGAUGCUACGCCUCGAGCCUCAGUCUCUCUCGCGCUCUUCUCCUCGCCCGUUGCGCAAAAUCGUUGGAACAUCGACUCGGUUGAUUCGUGUCCUCGAGCGCCCUUCCUUUCUCCGCAAUAAUUCGUACGCGAAUUCGUAUGUGAAAAGAUAUCGAUCGCCAACAAAAUUGGAAAAUUGGAUAUAUUCGUCCGUCGAAAAGAAAUCGCGUAUUUUCUUUCCACGAAUAAAAGAAAUUUUUUUCACUUCAUCGUUUGUAAAUGAUUUGUUGGUUCGUUGGAUCGUAAUUUCCUUCUUUCUUUCUUUUUUCUUUUUAUCGUUUUAAGGGAGCAUAUCUUCGCAUCGUUAUCCCGCGAAACUUAAUUAUUUAAAACGUUAUUUUCGUCUCGUCACAAACGCGACGUAUUAAUAUAUGAAUAUACUUUCUUUAAUUACACACACCAUUGAAUUUAUAAUACGUAGAAUCAUAAACGAGCAUUCGUAUAUACAUAUAUAUACACCUUGCAUAUAGAAAACAGGAAACAGAAAUUGCAUAACCUUGUAAUUCAAUUUCUUAAAUAGUCGUAAAAAAAUUACGAAAUAUGUUUAAAACGCAUCGAGACGUAAAUUAUUCGUUUAUCCUUGUUACAAGCUUAAGAAGAGGGGGAAAUUAGGUUCGAAAUCAUUGGGUAAUUGGCAUCGGUGGAUAGUGAACCAGAACUCGAUCGAGGGAAUCGGUACUCGGUUAAAUGUGAACGCGUUACGUAAAAUGUUUAAUUAUAAAUACGGCUCGCUCGGCGGCGGGAUGAUCGUUGCCCGUUACGCAAAAGGCACUAUACACUGUUGACAUUGUCGUUCCCUCGCCUCGGUUCGCGGCCUGAAAAACCCGGAAACGGAUUUAUCUAAUCACCGUGAACGAAGUAGAAGUUGGAAAGGACUAUCCUAGACCGGAGAGCGUCGGUAUCUUAUCUCUUAAAUAAACUAAAUUUUUCACCGUGUGUACGACCCCCAUUUUUCGUAUUCGAUAUAUUUAAAAAUCGAAAAUAUCGCUAUUUCGGCUCGUUUCUUUCCGAGGCGAUUGGCGCGGUAGAGAUCAGGCCACGUUCCAUUUUAACUUCGGUUAAGGAUAAUUUAGCUCCCCUUCGAGAAGGAAUCAGAAAAUUUAAAGGAGAAAAAAGAAGUAUAUGAGAUAUAAAAUCUACACAUUCGUUUCCACGGAUCUACUGGAAUCUCGGCAAUUAUAGCUAUGCUUACGAAACGUUUCGAUACUAAGAUUUAAGAUUUAUGUACGAGUAAAAAAACGUUUGUGCGCAUUUCACUCGAAAGUAUUAUUCGAAACGCGCACGAGAUAUUCGAAUACUCGAUUUUGCUGAAUCGAUUAUUAAGAGAGAGAGAAAUCGGGAGAUUUUAAUUCGAUCUCAAAUAUGGCCAGAGUCUGCUCGAGAUAUUUGCGACGGACGUGACGGAAUUGCUCUUACGACCAAAGCGAAUCACGAUCGAUUGGCUUUCGAUCGCUCGAAGCGGUUGUUCUCGAAAAGUUACUUCAUCGUUACCUAAGAACUUUAUACACCAUCGAAUUACGGAUCACGAUGUUACGUCACGGUGUUCCUCUUAAAUUUCUCGUAAAUAUCCCUGCCUUGUGAAUUUCCUUUUUUUUUUUUUUCUACGAUUACAUCGCGACACAAUUUUUACAAAAAAAAGAUUAGAAUCGCCUUCCUUUUACUUUUAUUAUCGCGUAGAAAAAAAAACAUAGAAACGAUUAGGGCGUAAUAAAACAAGAAAGAAGAAGGAAGCGAACGAAUCCACGGUCGAUCGGUUAAUGAUCUUUAUAUAGCGUGGAGAAAGAACACCAGUCUCGGGUGUUUUAUCGUUAAAGUUCCCCUGAUGGGGAUCUAAAGAGAAUCGUCGAUACGUUGUUACACGGGGUUGCAUUCCGCGGCAAUUCUCCACCGAUCGUUUUCUCCUUGCCUUUUUUUUACGCUGCCAGUGUGAGAAACGCGUAAACUAGGAGCGAACGCACGGAACGAAAGGUCGGCCUUGCAGACGUUGCACAAAGUGUCGAGUAAGGCGCGCGAGCAAAACUACUUCCUAGGUGGGCUGUCGCACGACUGGGUCAGUUACUAUGAGCAACGAAUCGAGAGCGAUCGCUCGUGUCUCAACGAGUGGCAUGCUAUGGACAACUUGGAAUCUCGAAGACCACCGUCGCCGGACAGCGUACGCACCAAACCCAGAGAAAGGGACGAGACCGAGCGGGUGAUCCGGUCGACGUUGAAGGAGAUCAUGAUGUCCGUGGAUCUCGACGAGGUCACUUCCAAGUACAUUCGAGGUCGGCUCGAGGAGGACCUCGACAUGGAUCUCGGGGAGUUCAAACCGUUCAUCGAUCAGGAGAUGCUCACCAUUCUGGGCCAGAUGGACGCCCCGACCGAGAUAUUCGACCACGUUUACCUAGGGAGCGAGUGGAACGCGAGCAACUUGGAGGAGCUCCAGAAGAACGGGGUAAGGCACAUAUUGAACGUGACACGGGAGAUCGACAAUUUUUUCCCUGGGAUGUUCACGUACUUGAACGUACGCGUGUACGACGACGAGAAGACGGACCUCUUGAAGCACUGGGACGACACGUUCAAAUACAUCACGAAGGCGAAGAAGGAGGGAUCGAAGGUGUUGGUCCAUUGCAAGAUGGGGGUGUCGAGGUCGGCCUCGGUCGUGAUCGCGUACGCGAUGAAAGCGUACAAUUGGGAUUUUUCCCAGGCGUGGAAACACGUGAAGGAGAAGCGGAAUUGCAUCAAGCCGAACAACAGUUUCCUCCUUCAAUUGGAGACGUAUCAGGGUAUAUUGGACGCGAUGAAGAACAAGGAGAAGCUUCAAAGAUCCAAGUCGGACACGAACUUGAAAUCGCCCACCUCGCCCAAGGACGGUGGAUCCUUGAAGAAAGAGGAGAAAUCCAGGAACCCGGACGACACCGACGACGACGGGUUGCGGGGAGCCGAAUUUUCCGGUUCCGAGUUGAAGAAGACCGGGCAAAGGCCGAAGAGUUGGUCGCCGAACGUGAAAAUUUCCGAGACCAUGCUGCCCUCUGUGCCUCUCUCGCAGUCCCUGGAGAGCAUCGACAAGACGGGAGGAGGGAGUGCGGAGGUGACCAGGGAGGAUCUUCUUCGGUCGAGAGUGGGAGGGAGCCGGAAAGUUGGCGCGGGGGGCUCGCAGGAAGGGAGGAACGUUUUGAUGCCGUGCGACAACGGGCAGUCGUACAGCGUGUCGCAGAACAAGAUCGUCCACCUGCCAGGGUCCCUCCCUCCAUCCCCACUCCCGGCCCCGGACAGGAGCGCGGGGGGGGCGGGCAAGAACGUGAAGAAUCGGGUGAACGAGCUCGAGUCGGAGACGCAGCACCGAAGCGGGCAGAGAAGGAAAGGACUCGUGUUGAAUUUAACGAAUCAGUUCGAGGCGGUGAGCAGCAAACCAUCCUCUCCGAGUUCGGACCCAGAAGAACCUCGGAAAACAACUCACGCGUCCCCAGUUACCGCCCUCUCCGUGAACGAGAACGGAUUCGUGGUCCAGCAAAAUUCAUCCUCCUUAUCUUCGUCCUCAUCUUCGUCUUCGUCGUCGUCAUCGUCAUCAUCGUCGGAAGCUUCGACCAACGUCGUCGCAAAGCAAAACCUGUGGGAUCAUUCUCGAGACUCGAGAAGGAGAACGGACGAGAAUCGAGGGAACAACGGCGAGUGUCUAGUCUGGACCGCGUGCGGUAGUGGUAGUGGCAGUAGUGGUGGUGGUGGUGGUGGUAGUGGUGGUGGUAGUGGUGGUGGUGGUGGUGGUGACGAUGGAAGUAGUGGUGGCGAUGGUGGUGACGCUAAAACGAACGGAGAAGCGAGCGAAUGCAUCGCGACGACGACUACGGGUACCGCUACGACAACGAUGACGACGACGACGAUAAGCACAACGUUGCCGCGAAGAAGCAAGAGAGAAGGAGGAAGGGAUCCGUUUAGCGCGCACGUGGAUCGAGUGUUCGAGCGGGAGGAGAGGCAAGGGGAGCAAGCGAGCGGUGUAACGGCGACGACGAUGACGACGACGAGGGACUCGCCGAGCAGGCAGAGCUCUUGGAGCAGUUACGACAGCGCCGUGGUUCUCGAAAACAACAACUCGGUGCACAGUUCCUGGGCCACGUUACCCUCGAGAAACAGCUCGUGGGGCUCGUACGAUAUGCGGCCGUCCGACCUCCUCGGUUCCAGCGGCCUCUUCCCGUACGACAAGGAGGAUAUACCUUGGCAUCCGGGUACCGUGAAACGUACGAAGCAAAAGCUCGAGGAGGGUAACGCGUCGUCGAACAGCGUGAAACGCGUAUGCACGCAAAAUUCGGACGGAGCCGAGGAGGAGUCGUACAAUCCUCCUGUACUUUUACAUCACGCGGCGUCCCCGACGCCGCCCCGUAGAAGGGAUUCCUCACCCAACGGCGGCGGCGGCGGCCAUAACAACAAUAAUCGCAACUCGAAGAUGGUGGAUCCGUUGGUCGUAGUUAGAAAUUGUCCCAGCCCCGCGAGAGGGAUCGAUAUCUCGCCCUCGUCCUCCUCCUCCUCCUCCUCUUCGAUGAUCCGUCAAGUCGGAAGAUUGUCGACCAGCGCCCCGGCACCCUCCUCCCUCUCCUCGGACUCGGAUCUACCCUCGUCGUUGAGAUCGUGCAGGUCGGAGAGCGAGACGUCAUCGAGCCCCUGCGUGGUCAACACCACUCAAUGCCCUUCCGUCAAACAUCACAAAAUGGUUCUCGAGAAUCUAAACAACACCAAUAAUACCAACAAUCAAAAGUUGAUGUUCAACAAACAACGUUGUCUGUCCGUCGACGACUCGCCCGUCGAGACAGAAUGUCCGCGAACCAAUCCUAC